UCCUGCUGUCAGUGUCUCUCACUAAUCCCUUGCACUGCUUCUCCACAGAGACCUCCCAGCACAGCUCUGCCUCAGGGCGCUGUGGGAGCUCAGCAUCCCUCCCAGCAGCACACCGAGUCACCCAGGAGCCAGGGUGUCACAUCCUUCGAAGCUAUCCCCUACAGGAGGAGGAUUUAAACUUGCAUUCUCACACCUUGACAAUGAAUGGGUACUUGACUGAAUCCAACUUCACCAUGGUGGAGGAGGGUUUCACCACCAGAGACCUCCUGGAGAACCUCCUCGCAGAGCUGUGCCAGGAGAGGGACCAACAAGCCUCCUUCUUCGUGGCUGACCUGGGGGACAUUGUGCAGAAGCACCUGCGUUUCCUGAAGGCGCUGCCCCGGGUGAAGCCCUUCUUCCCAGUCAGGUGCAACGGCAGCGAGGGAGUGAUUCGGCUGCUGGCUGAGCUGGGGGCGAGCUUUGCCUGUGCCAACAAGGCAGAGAUCAGCAGAGUUCAGAGCAUCGGGGUCCCAGCUGACAGGAUCUUCUACAGCAGCCCCUGCAAGCAGGUUGCCCACAUCAGGUAUGCAGCCAGCCAGGGUGUGCAGCUGAUGACCUUUGACAAUGAGGUGGAGCUGAGCAAGGUGGCCAGGAGCCACCCUCAUGCCAGGAUGCUGUUGGGUAUUGCUGCUGACUCCAGCCCCUCUGCACAUCUGAGCAUGAGGUUUGGGACCACGCUCGAGUCCUGCCGGUACCUGCUGGAGGCAGCGAAGGAGCAAGCUGUGGAGGUUGUUGGUAUCAGCUUCCACCUGGGGAGCCAUGGUCUGGAGCCCCAGGCCUUUGCUCAGGCCGUGGCUGCAGCACAGAUGGCCUUUGAGAUGGGCACAGAGAUGGGCUACCACAUGCACCUCCUGGACAUCGGAGGGGGAUUCCCUGGCACCGAGGACAGCAGGGCCCGGUUUGAAGAGAUGGCUGCGGUGAUAAACUCUGCCUUGGACUCGUAUUUCCCAGAGGACUGUGGGGUGCAGGUUGUGGCAACCCCCGGGCGAUACUACGUCACCUCUGCCUUCACCUUGGCUGCCAGCAUCACUGCCAGGGAGGAGGUUGCCACGGAACAGCCUGGCUCUGAUGAGGAAGAGCCUGGCAGCAGGAAGAGCCUCGUGUAUCACCUCAGCGAUGGCAUCUACAGCACCUUCCGCUGCCUCCUGUUUGACAGCCCCUGCCCCAGGCCUCAGCUGCACAAGAGACCCUGCCCAGAGCAGCCCUGGCUCAGCAGCAGCCUGCGGGGCCCCGCGGGACACUCAGACGAGCGCGUUGCCGACGGCCUGGACCUGCCCGAGCUGCAGGUCGGGGACUGGCUGGUGUUUGAGGACAUGGGUGCCUACAGCAUCCCCAGCUCGUCCCUGCCUGGGGGGUGUCCCCAGCCACACGUCACCUACGCCAUGUCCCGCGUGGCCUGGAAAGCCGUGCAGCUCUUCAAGGGGAAGCCUCUGCCAACGGGAGACGAGCGGGAGAGCGUCUGCGCCCCACAGUCGUGCGGGUGGGAGAUGGCCGAGCCCCUGCGUGUCACCCAGCUCUUCGCCCCCACCAGCAUCAUCUGAGCAGCACCAGCACCGGGGGCAGGGAGCGAGGGAGGUCCCGUGGUGGAUGAGCCCCAGCAGCACCUCCCACCCCACAGCAUCACCCCACGGGAGGACUUGGAAGUUUGCACCACAAAUCCCGUUCCUGCUGCUGGUGCCCCAUGGAAGGGGUUGGGGGGUGGCACCACCCAGCAGGUUUGGGCUCUUUGGUCUGGGAGUUGUGGUUAAUA